UUUAAACGUUGUGACUAAAAUUAACUUAAAUAAUUAUAGGACACAAGAUUAUAAGUUACAACAUUAAUAUCCAUUAUCAGGGCAUAUGAUUGAUGGCAGCUUACCACCACAAAUGGCUUACAUUAUAGAUAAAACACUCUGUAGCCAUAAAUUAAACAAAUUCUCGGUUUAUCAGCUAUGCGGGCGAGAAAUUUCAAUUAUUCCAACGCUCUCAUGGAGGUAUAAGUUUCGUAGUUUAGUUUUUUUGCCAUCUAAUUGGCCUGGAUAUCAAAAUGAAAGAGUUGUUGUAUUUGUUUACGGUGCUAGCAUGUGUUUGGGCAGAGAGAUUGGUUUCAGAAGAUGAAGUGAAGACCUUAUUCAAAAAAAUUGUAUCCAACAACAUCACUGCAGUCGAGCGACAGACUUUAGACGAUGUGUUCGAUCUGGUGGAUGUACGCAGUCUAGAUUCUAGGGCACCUAGAGAUCUAGAAACUAGAAAUGACCUAGAAUGCCUGAUCUGCCGCAGCGCAUUCUCCACACUAUUCGAGCUGGUCGCCGACGGUUCUACCGACGAACAGCUGGUGGACUCUAUCACCAUCCUGUGCACGGCUCUGGGAAUCGCGCCUAGUCAUAUCUGCCGGGGGGCUGUGGCUUUGAAUAUGCCAGUACUAACGCACAUAAUCAAGACGACUCCUGAAGCGCGCCCGCAGACGUUUUGCAGCCUUGUGCUGCAGAACAUAGAGUCCAAUAGGAACUGCCGCUUGGAAGAUGAUCGGUUCGAGUAUCAAGUCACGAUACCACCUAAGGAUGCUGAUGUUUUGCCGCCAACGCCUCAAUCGAAACCUCUCAAAAUCGCAGUACUUACAGACGCCCACAUAGACCCUUACUACGAACCCUACGGAGUGGCAGACUGCGGUGAACCAACCUGCUGUAGAAAGGGACAGACAGUCAGAACCAACGUCGUCUACAAACAAAAGCCACGAGCACUACAGCUGAAUGGGCGAACGGUAGAAAGAGAUGGCAAGACUUUGGUGAAUCUAGAUUCAGUGGAGAGUGUUCGUAAAGCUAAGCAAGGCAAUAUGCAGCGGUAUGAGCCAGUAAGGAACCCACCACCGGCAGGGUAUUGGGGGGAUUAUAGAGAUUGUGAUACUCCGUUGUGGGCCUUCGAUAAUGUCAUCGAUGAAAUUACUGCUAAUAAUAAGGACAUAGACCUAGUCUACUACAUAGGGGACUCGAUAGACCACCACGUGUGGGAGACUACGUACGCCAUGAUCACCGACGUGAACCGACACGUCAUAGACAAGAUGCGGGCGAGCUUCGGGGAGGACGUGCCCAUCCUGCCCGCGAUAGGGAACCAUGAGUCUCAACCUACUAACCAAUUCGCGCCCUCAUCAAUAACGGAGCCGAAGAUCAACACGACAUGGCUGUACAAGUCAUUGGCUGAAAAAUAUUCGCACUACCUUCCCAUAGAGGCGCAGGAACAGUUCACAGAGAACGGCUGCUACUCUGUGCUAGUCAAACCAGGCUUCAGGGUCAUCACCAUCAACAAUAACGUGGCGUAUAAGUAUAACUGGUGGCUAGUCUACGACCCCCUCGAUGCCAAGGCCCAACUAGACUGGCUAGUCUCCUCCCUACUGUCAGCGGAGCGGGCUGGGGAGCGUGUGCAUAUUCUAGCGCAUAUCCCGCCCGGGGUCAGCGACCUCACCAGCGUUUGGACACGGGAGUACAACAGGAUUGUUAACAGAUUCGCAUCAACAAUAGUAGGCGAGUUCAACGGCCACACCCACUCGGACGAGUUCAAGAUAUUCUACGGAGACGACGACGCCGCCACCGCCGUCGCGUGGGGCGGGGGCAGCGCCACCACCUACAGCAAGUAUAACUUGAACUACAAGAUCGUGACGCUGGAGAGGGAUACUUAUCACCUAAACAGCAUGGUGAAUUACAUCUACAAUCUAACAGAAGCGAACCUGACCCCGAACAGGCCACCGCACUGGUUCCAACUGUACGACAUGAAACAAGCUUUCAACCUUCCUGACCUAACCGCUAAAUCUUUAGACAACCUAGUGCAUAGAAUGGUCACCAAUCAGAAGUCACUACUCGAUUUAUAUGCGGCUUUCUUCACUAAGAUAAGCGACGAACGAUGGCCGCACGACAACGCGCAGUGGAAACUAAAUGACUUGUGCAAAACUGUAGUCACCGUCCUGUGGGACCGUAGAAGAUGUCAACGACUGAGAGACUUGUUUUUCAGUUAACUUUGUUUAUAUUUUAUUCGUAUUUUUUUACAUAAUAUUGUACAUAUUUACACAACGCUUGUUAAUUUUUUUUAUACAAAACUUUUUGGUUUUAUAAAUAAAAAUGUUACGCCUA